AUGGCCCCAAGAGUUGCCAAAAGGGGGAAAGGCCCCAGAGACCAGUCACAGGUGGAAGAGCCCGAAGUUGAACCACCUUCUCAGCUGCUGUCUGAGAUACUGGGGACACUUUCGCUGUCCUUCGAAAGAGAUAUUGGAAUGCUUAAUGGGAAACAUGUUCGUAGCGUUCCUGCAAGAUCUGCAUUGGUAGAAUUGAGAGCCCAGUUAGAGAAAUUGCUGGUUUCGCUUGGGAAUAUUGCCGAGAGCGAUAGACAUACUAUUGAAACGCUGCGAAAGAUUAAAGAGUCUCGGGUGGCUGGCCCUGAACAACAGUCAGUGCCUAAUGGUAAGACAAUUCCAGGUGAACCAAAGGAGCAGGAUCUUGGAGAAUUAUCUGAUGAAGGGAGAGAGCCGAUUACGGUGAAGAGGAGAAAAAGAUCCUUGAAUAUUGAUAAUGACGACGAAGAAGCGGAUGAGAGUGAACGAGAGAAGCCCACAGAUAACAUUCCAGUGAGUCCGACCAAGAAAAUUAAGCUUGAUGAGCAGAACGAGCCUGAUGUGGAUGUGAGUCAGAUGGAAAACGAUCCAUCGGUCAAGAAUCCCAAGUCAGAGUUUGUAGUAUCACAAACGCUGCCGGCGGCAGCAGCAGCGCUGGGGCUUUUUAGUGAUACUGGUCUUGAAAGUACGGGUGAAGAUAGUCUGAGGAAAAAAUACGAUGUGGCAAGUUAUCCUACAAAUGACUUGAAGGAACUACUCCCGGGCGAGCUACCAGAUAUGGAUUUCUCACACCCGAAGCCCACAAACCAGAUUCAGUAUGGUACCUUUCUCAGUUUUGUCGAAAACUUCUUUCGUGCUCUCAACGAUGACGAUAUCAAGUUGCUCAAGAGUAAGUACAUAAUCCCUGCUGGUUUGAAGAUGGAUAAACUAUACGAUCCCGAGGUGACUCCCUACAUUAUACCGAAGCUGGGACCCUUGUAUAGCGACGUUUGGGACAAGGAGGAUAAUAUAUCCGGUCUGGCCGGUACAUCUCCACCACCAGUCAACGAUCCAACUGCGGUCUUGCCUCGCCGAAGUGCCGCCGAUAUAGCUGAUGCCACUUUGGACACCGAAGAGAUCUCUUGCGGUCCAUUGGUCUCUAGGCUGCUGUCAGCAAUCCUUAAAGAAGAUGGAGAGAACGUACGAAUAAAGCAAGAAGGAGAUUCCUUAGAAAGUCGUGAAGAUACUCCCGAUCCAACUGCAGUCAAUACACCGGCGAGCGAAGUUGAUAAUAUUUUAAGAACGACACCCAGCGGUACAACAAGUACACUGCCGAACCCGCAGAUGUGGAAGAUCAACAGCAUCAAUCUCGAUUAUCCCACAUUUGAAGAGCGAUUGAAAAGGGAGUUAAAGUUCGUCGGUAUCUACGUUAACAUGCCCAAGGAUGAAAACAACGCAACGGGUGAUGAUCCAGACUGGCUCACUGGCAGAGAAGACGAUGAGGUCAGUGCAGAACUUAGAGAGCUGCAAAACUCGCUCAAACAAGUCACUGUAAAGAACCAAAAACGAAAGACGGCUCUAGUGCCUUUAUUGGAAAGAAAGCUUGCGUGGCAAGAAUACUCGUCCAUUCUCGAUGACUUGGAUAAGCAGAUAGACCAAGCAUACGUCAAGAGAAUUAGAGUACCAAAGAAGCGCAAGAAACAACCGUCGGCAGCCUCUACCGCGGUCAAUACCGAGAACGCUUCACAAGCAGCGCAGCAAAAGGCUGCCAACUCUAGCUUAAAAGCCUUACUGGAUAAGAGACAACGGUGGAUCAGCAAAAUUGGUCCACUUUUCGACAAACCGGAAAUCAUGAAGCGGAUCCCAAAAGAAAGUGUCUUCAGAGACCUGGAUCAAGAGGAAGAAGAAGAAGAGACAGAUCUGUUCAGUCAGAACGGCAACAGCAAGGACGACGAGCUAGCAGAAGCCUGA